GCUUCGCACUGUAAAAAAAAAAACUUUUGCCUCUGAACUGAGAACACGCGCGCUGACGAAAGCUCUGGCUUCGAUGCUCUACUCCGCCGUCAGACACGGGCUCAAACCACGGCCACGGCUCCCACCUCCCGCGUCGUCUCCACCGCCGGCUCCCGCUCCGGCUUCCCCUUCCACCACCACUCACCGCACCUCCCACACACACGCCUCCCCCGCCACCCACGCGUCGCUGCUCCUCCGGCUGCGCUCGAGCCCCGCCCUCGCCGAGGCCCGGCGGCUGCACGCCACUCUCCUCACCGGCGGCCACCGCCACGGCACCAUUCUCCUCGCGCAGCUGGUGCACGUCUACGUCAGGCUCGGCGAAACCUGCCACGCGCUGCGGGUGCUCGACGGAAUGCCCAGGCGGAACUCCUUCGCGUGGAACGCCGCGAUCAGGGGCCUCGUCGACGCCGGCCGCUUCCCCGACGCGCUGGAGGCCUACCGGGCGAUGUUAGACGAUCGCUCCGUCACCGCGGACGGUUUCACCUACCCGCCCGUCAUCAAGGCGUGCGCUGCGCUCGGGGCGGUUGAGCAGGGGAGGCUGAUACGAGAGCGCGUGGAGGCGGGCGUUGCGCGUGGCGACGCGGAGCCCAACGUGUUUGUGCAGUGCGCACUCGUGGACAUGUUCGCCAAGUGCGGGUGCUUGGGCGAGGCGAGGAGCGUGUUCGACACCAUGCCGAUCAAGGAUCUGGCCGCGUGGACUGCGAUGAUCGGAGGGGCCGUGCACACCGGGGAGUGGCUUGACGCCAUGAAUCUGUUCAAUCGGAUGAGAUCAGAAGGGUUCUGUGCUGAUUCAGUGAUCGUCGCCACCGUCAUUCCAGCAUGCGGCAGGGCGAAAGAGGUACAUACUGGAACAGCACUACACGGAUGCGCAGUAAGAUGUGGGGUUGCUGACGUUACCUGUGUUUGCAAUGCUCUGGUUGACAUGUACUGCAAGUGCGGUUGCCUGGAGACGGCGGACUAUCUGUUCCGUUCUAUCCGUUUCAAGGACGUCGUCUCCUGGAGCACCUUAAUCGCAGGGUAUUCCCAGAAUCGAAUGUACCAUCUCAGUGUCAGUCUGUUUACUGAAAUGGUGAGUGCUGCAGGGUUAAAACCAAAUUCCAACACCAUGGCGAGUAUACUUCCCAGCCUUUCCGAGCUGAAGCUACUCGGGCAUGGAAAAGAGAUUCAUGGCUUCUCCUUAAGGCAUGGACUUGACCAGAGCAAGUUUCUGGGGAGCGCGUUUAUAGACUUCUACAGCAGACAAGGGUUCGUAAGGAAGGCAGAGACUGUAUUUGAGCUCAUGCCAAAGACAGAUGUUGUCAUAUGGAAUUCAAUGGUUGCUGGAUAUGCAGUGAAUAGGGAUACAGAUUCUGCACACUGUGCAUUUAGGGCGCUGCAGAAAGCGGGAUUUAAACCUGAUCAUGUCACUGUUGUUUCAGUUCUUCCGUUGUGCAAUCACCAUUCCAGGCUCACCCAAGGGAAGGAACUACACGGGUAUGUUGUAAGGCAUUGCAUGAGUUCAGUUUGCUCAGUUAGUAACGCGCUUAUAGAUAUGUACUGCAAAUGUUGUUGCCUAGAAAAGGGCAAAGAGAUUUUUCAAUCGAUGAUAGAGCGGGAUACUGCUACAUAUAACACCCUGAUUUCUUCAUUGGGAAAGCAUGGUCAUGAAGAUGAAGCAAUAAUGUUAUUUGAUCAAAUGAGGAGAGAUGGAAUUGCGCCUGAUAAAGUGACUUUUGUGGCUCUCUUGUCUUCUUGUAGCCAUGCAGGCCUUAUUGACAAGGGCUUGUACUUCUAUGACUCCAUGUUACAAGACUACAAUAUUUCCCCAGAUAAGGAGCAUUAUUCAUGCGUUGUUGAUCUUUACAGCAGAUCUGGGAAACUUGACGAUGCCUGGAAGUUCAUUUCUAGUUUGCAAGAAGGGGCAGAAAUAGAUGUUCUUGGAUGCCUCUUGGGGGCUUGCAGAGUGCAUAAUAGAACGGAUAUUGCUGAGCUAGUUUCAAAAAGAAUAUUUGAACAGAACCCCAGUGAUCCUGGUUAUCAUAUUCUGCUGUCCAAUAUAUAUGCUGAUGCCGGAAUGUGGUCUGAUGUGACGAGGAUCAGAACUAUGAUAGAAGAGAGAAGUUUGAAGAAUAAAACAGGAAAUACUUUGAUUUAAGGUUAUCACAACAUAAGUUAUGGAUCUUAUAUAUUGAUCGGUGUUUUGCUAAAAUAAGAGAACUGUUGAACAAGAACCAUUCAUGGUUUCAUGGAUACAAGCAACUGAAAUGGCACUUAAAAAAUGUUCGGGUGUCAUAUAUACUUCCAACAUUCAGAACUUGAGGGUGUCAUUUGUACUUCCAACAUUCAGAACUUGGGCAAAACACCUUGUGGUUACUCUGUACCAUAUGAUGUAUACAGGAGGGAAGUUUAAAACUGCAGAAGUUCGCAAAAAAUGUCUGUCCUGGAGGAGAGUAUGUCAGAGAAAUAUCUACUCUCUUAAACACGCUGUUGGAAGAUUUUCUUCAUAGGAAACAAUUCCAUAUCUGUAGAUAUAGGUAACUAAAAGCCUUAUGCUCCUUUUGUGCUAACUAUCUAGCAAUAAAUAAUGAACAGAGGCUGAGCUGAUUUGUCUAAGGCCUCUUUUAUACGGGAACUAUUUCUCUGGAUUACUCGGUACCCCUCAUUGUUCCAUUUGCAACUUAAUCUGUUCUAGUGCAAAUUUUCUUUGCUUAACAGAUUGUUUUUGUGAAACGCCAAGCAAUGGUGUACAGCUGAUGGCAUGCUUAUUUUUCUACUUGGGUUGCAGGUAAUCUCAGUUUGCAGUCUACUAGUCUAAAGUUCUUUUAUACAACACCCAAAGUAAUAUUAUUGGGAUCAAGGAAUAUCCUCUGUUUUGUGAUUAGCCUUGUUUUGCUUAAACUGGUAACUUUGUGUUCUUUAGCUGUCCACCUAUGUUUUUGUAUCUCUAGCUGGUACCCCAGUUUUACUUUUUUUUUUCUUUGAGUUUCUGGUUCGUCUUGCAAUCCUGGCCGGUUGAUGGCUUCGUUAAUUCAAAGGCGGGCUCAUUUCGAGCCUUCCGUCUAUAAAGAAACAGCAUUAACCCAGUGCAAGUUCAAUCUCCAGAUGGUGAUGUUUGCAAAGGAAAUGUGGAGUUAUACAUUUUGGAUUCUGAAUCAAAACCAAAGCCCUUCCAAUAACUGUUUCAAUUCCCAAUUAUCCUUUGAAAUAUCAAUUACCAUGAGUCUGAUUUUUUUUUCACCACACACGCAACAUCUAGACCACACUGCUACUUAAAUCUGCACAAAGGGUUCAGCAUAUUACAGUGCAUGGUCCUACUUAAAUCUCUUCACCUGUUGCUACCAUAUACUACAACGACCAUGUUUCCAUCAAAUAGUAAUAUUACAGCUGAUGGCAUGAUAAAUCACCCAGCACGGUAAGACUUCUUGCUUUUGUACUUGGGUUGCAGGUAAUAGCAAUUCACUCUCUACUAGUCUGAAGUUCUUUUAUACAGCACCCAAAGUAAUACUAAUAGUGUCUGAAGAAACAGCAUUAACCCAGUGCAGUUUCAACCUCCAGGUGUUGAUGUUUGCAAAGGAGAUGUGGAGUUAUUCAUUUUGGAAUCUACGGUUAAACCAGAAGCCCUUCCAAUAACUGUUUGAAUUCACAAUUAUCCUUUGAAAUAUCAGUUACCAUGAUGUCUGAAUCUUUUUCACCACACGCACAACAACUAGACCACACUGCUGCUUAAAUCUCCACAAAUGUUCAGUAUAGUACAGUACAUGUUCAUGCUUAAAUCCCUUCACCUGUUGCUAUCAUAUACUACAACGACAAAUGUAUCCAUCAAAUAGUGCCAAAAGCAAAAAAGAUUUCUAAAGUAGAUUAUGUAAAGCAUCCGGAAUUCUCUGCUGGAUAAAGGAGUGAGCUCAUUGCAUGUCUUGUCAGACAGUGGAUGCCUACCUAUCCUGCUAAUUGUUGCUGCUGUCUGAAGUUUGUGCGAAGGGCAAGAACAUGGUCUACAUUAUUACACCUUUUGCUGUGUCGAUUCAGUUUCCUAGAACCGGUGGGACAAGAGGCUGCUAAUAACUUGCUGACUUUAUUUAUGAGGGGGCGAUGCACACUGAUGUUUCAAGUAUAUCUGGUUUGACAUAUUUCUUGCUGUUACUUUCCUAAGAAAACAUAAACAUCACUAUUUUGACUAUUUAUGUUACCAUAUUACUUGUCGCUGGAGAGUUGCAUCGCCCCACAGUUCAAGAGGGCGUCUGUGACUUCAUCUCUUGAAUUUUUUUCUUGAAUCAAAUAGUGACGUCUCUAAGGACUAAGAGCAUCUCUAACAGAGCCCGUAAAUCCCUCCAGAACUGAUUUUUUCCGGCGGAUUUACGGGUUCGGGCCAAAAGUGGCGCAGAACGGAGCCCGAAUCGGUGGGCCGGGCCGUAAAAGUAGUUCGGGGAUUUUUUCCGGCGGAUUUACGGGUUCGGGCCAAAAGUGGCGCAGAACGGAGCCCGAAUCGGUGGGCCGGGCCGUAAAAGUAGUUCGGGGGCCCGAGAAACUCCGCGGCCGCCCCGUAUAAAAGGGGCCGCGGGGAGUUCGGUUCGCAAACCCUACUCCCCUCCGCCUGUGUCGCCGCUCCGCUAGCUCCGACGAGAAAUUCUCGUGUCGGCAUCGCUGCCCGUCGAGCUCCGGAUGGCUUGCCACGGAAGCUCCGCUAUGGGAGGAGGUAGUUUGUGCGGCGGGGACUCGCCGCCGCGCCCACCCGUAUUCCGCACGGAGGAGGAGCGGCGCAAAUGGGUUCGCUCGGAGGGCGCGCGCAAGCGCAGCGCCCGCCGGUGGACCAACUGGGGGCUCACGCGUCCGCCGCCUCGUCUUCCACUGCCACCACCUCCGCCGCCGCGCGUAGAGGCCCCCGGGGCCGAAUUUUGGGCAAAAUUACCUCGCGCUGCUGCGGAUAGUAGUUAAUUUAGGUUAUUAGUUCGAAUUAUGUAAAGUUUGGUGCUCAAUCCGAGCAACAACUAUCAUCUAUAUGUGUUCAUCGAUGAAUUCUCCCGCGAGAAUUUAAAUUUCGUGUUUUUAGUUCCUAUUUUACAGUUUCUGUUCUGGGUGACUAUCAAAAUCGAACGAACUAACGUUUUCGGGAGACUGAAUUAUAGUUUUUCGGUUUCCACUUUUCCGGGCUCUACUAGAGAUGCUCUAAGCAGAGUGAAGCACCGUGCUUUUCCACGAUUUUUUUUUGGCGCCCAUGGUGUCCUGAUUUAGUUCCUUAUUGUGUAAGGUCGACAGAUUGACUUGCAAGAUCCAAGAAAGCAAAUUGACAUCGUUUUCCUAUGCAGGUCACAUCUACACACCAACUCUGGAAGUUGUAGUGUCUGGUAUGAUUCGGGCCACCUGCCUUCCUGCAAUGAUAUACCGGGCAAGGAAAGCCAACACCACACAUGUUCUGGAGUCUUGAUCUGCACAUUUCGCUGCCCAAAGCUUCACAAAAAAUAAGCAGCUAAUUACUAGGCUGAUUAGCGUUGUUUAAGCUCAAGCCCUCACCAUUGGCUGCCAGAAACAGAAAACUGGCAGAUUCUUGAAUGGCGCAUCCAUCCAUGUGGGCGGAUAAGGACGUGCUCCUCAGAAUGAGGGCGCUGCUGCUUCUGCUGCACAGUGGCGUUGUGGAGCUCAGUUUCCUCAGUAGGGGUCUGCUCCCCAUUCAAAUCAUGGGCAAUGGCUUGGCUUGGUGUGCAGCAGGGUAACCAUAUGCCCCGACACUUCUGCUCCAGUGCUCCUCCCCUGGAAAUUUUUUAGGCCCAUCAAACACAAUAACAAUGGAGAUCUUGUCAUACCUGUUCGUAAGCGAGGGCACGAUUGUAAUUUUAGUGUAGGUGCACCGUCCGUACAACCCUAUAUAGACCCGUAUGGUCCGUGUUGUGGUGUACCUUGUUUUUGUACGUAUCUACAGUCUUGUGCGUGUGCAAAAAUAGAAAGAUCCUAUAAAGAUCUUGCUCACGUGACCUUUUUUUCUACGCGACGUACACAUAUAUACCAUAUCAACAUAGACGGGUAUACAUUGGUUGGAUAUGAGUUUCGGCGGACCCAACAUAGGAAAAACAAUCCAACUAUCACUCUUCAAAUUUAUUUAGGGGGGGGCACCGGAGCAACCCUCAUGCCCCGAACCACUAUGAUGUUCAAUUAUCAUGCAAGAUUUUACAUUAUGAUAGCUAGUACUAGCUCCAUUAUAUGUCGUGUUUGAUUUGAUCCAACACUGCCUAACAACUGACAGGACGGGCUAGUGGUUUAGUAAUGGUCUAUGUUGUAGUGUUUUUUUUUUUGAGGGUUCUGUGUAGCUUAUUUUCCAUUGUGCAUAUGCCUCUUCUGUUUAAAUGUUGCUAUCUUUUACCUAAAUGUAAGUCUUUUUAGAAAGCUAAACUAGCUAAGACUUCUGUUUAAUUGUUGCUAUCUAUUUUGGAAGGCAAGUAGUAGCUUGUAGAGAUAUGUUCUGGUCCAGACAAUCCGGCUGGGUCGUGACUGAAAAUGCACUGCCCAAGCUAAACUAGCUAAGACCUAGCUGUAAACAUCAAGUUAAAAAUGUCAACCACACCCAAAAAUUAUUGGAUGAUUCUGCUAAAAGCAACACCCUUU